GCAUCCACCUUUUGAGACGGCAAGGAGCUCUGUUAAUGCAAGUACAGCAGCAAUUGGCAUGGAUGUGUCCUCAUCCAAGAGAUUUCUUCGAUAGGCAGCAAUUACAUCAAAUGGUGGAGACUGAGAAGGUUCUAGGCCCGCUCUGAUAGCGUUAUCAAGCAUUUUUGAGGGAUUUUUGGUUCGUUGUGCUGGUCACUGUGGAGUGGGUUGAUAAUAAAAUUACACUGUUCCAUGGCCGGAUGUGGCAAUGCGGACGGAUAUGUCCUUGUGCAAAUCCCCCUCGGCUUGACCACCCUCAUGAAGUCUUCUCAUUUGUCCUCUCAAUGGCUAUUCAAGGGUGAACAUGUUGGAAAAACUCCUUCAGUAGCUCUCGAUGGCAAAUCCGUCUCUGAUGAGCUCGUCUUAAGGAAUCAAGGGAUCGAAUUCUUAUCUCGUGUUAGCUUGCAAUUGAAGCUUACGGUCCCAGUUAUCUCCACCGCAGCAGUAUACUUCCACCGCUUCUAUAUGCGAUACUCGAUCAAUGGCCACAUUAUCUACGACACCGCUGGCGCAUGUAUAUUCCUCGCGUGUAAGACGGAGGAGACCGGGCGAAAGCUCAGGGAUGUUGCAAUCGUCUGCCAUGCGAAGGCCAGCGGUUUACCACCCACAACAGACGAGCAAGAUCCGAAUGUCACCAAGUGGAUGAAACGUAUCACGCAAUAUGAAGAGCUCCUCCUCGAGGCCUUGUGUUUUGAUAUGACGGUCGAGCACCCUCACACCGCGUUAUUGACAGCAGCCAAAGUGCUUCAUCCUUCAGAAGAACUUCUUGCGUAUUCCUGGAGCAUCAUAAAUGACACCUAUCGGACCCCUCUCUGCGUUUUGUACUCACACAAUGUCAUAGCUUGCGCGUGCUACUUAUUAGCGCAUUAUUGGAUGGAUCCUGCAGUGCCCCUGGGUGAGGUUCUGGAGACUCGCUCAGCUGUAGUGAUAAAUUCUGGCAAUCCAAUCCUUUCGAACAAGUUACUGCCGAGUUCUUGCCCGAACCCCCUUUCAGUUUCCGCAAGUCCGACUCACCCCCACCAGAGGACUCAAAUGACGGAGCUAGCCCACCCCUCAUAAUCACUACCCUUUCCCCACCAAAAUCCCCUCAACUGGGGGAAAACUCUCAGUGACACGCACACAGAUGCAUCUUUCAUCAACAUCAAGCAUCGGGCAACAAAUCAUUGUUGUAGUUAAUCGCUGUCACUAAAAUGGAUCCGAUCCUCGACUUCCUCGACUU